AUGGCCGGAAUAGAACCUAAUCCAGGUCCUUUAUCCCGUUCACCUCAAGAAAAUGUCCGCUUAGAUAUGCAAAAGAGGGGGCGAGGUCGACCUCGUAAAGAGAAUGUUAAAGUUUUUAAUUCUGAAUGCUCAGAAGAAGAAACAUUAUGUGGAGAAUUAUUUCAUUUGGAAGAAGAAUCUGCUGGAUAUAACUCCGGCCCGUUGAAAUCUUCGAAAAUUUCAGAAUAUUUUGAACCAUCAUCUCUUAAGGAACCCCAGCUAAACCAUGAUAUCCAUGACAUUAAAAACGAAUUGCAAUGUAUGAAAGAGGAAAAUAAGAGAUAUCAAGAGGAGUUGCAGAUGCUAUCCCAGGAAAUGAAAAAACUAGAUGUGCUAGUGAAACAUAAUAGUCAGCUAAAAGGUACGUUGGAAUUUGAACUGGAUAAAUUGGUUAAUGAAAAAACAAAAAAUAACAUUGUCAUUAUAAAUUUUCCUUUUUUGAAUACUGAUUAUAUAAAUGAAAUAGAAUUCUUUAUUAAAAAUGUUUUAGAAAUAGAAAACUGUUCAGUUGAAACAUUAAUUAAAUUAAGAGAUAAAGAUACUAACCCAAUGAUUAAAAUAUCAGUAGAUGGUGAACAUAACAGAAAUCUUAUUUUAAGUAAAUUUUGGAAAUCGAGAGUUAAGUUUAACAAUGAGAGAUAUAAAAAUGUAAUAUUCACCACCGAUAUAUGUAGAAGAUCCAGACUGAGAAGGAAGAAAUUAAUGCCUAUAAUCAAACAAGAAAAAAUAAAAGGAAACAAAAUUAUUGUUAGAGAUGAUUAUUACAUCCAAGGGAAAAAUAUUUUCACUUAUGAUAUUAAUAGUAAUUCAGUUAUUCAGUUGGAUGAUUUUUUAGAAUAGAGUCGUUUGAUCUCUCUAGAUCCAAGGCGACUAACUUAGAAAUGGUUCUAACCUACAAUAGUACUAAUAUGGAGAAUGUAAAUAAUGAAGUUAAUAAAAGUACUGAUACUCAGGUUGAGACUGACAUUGCUAACAAUUAUUGCUCCAAUAUUAAAGCAUGUACUGAGGAUAUUGUUAAAAUUCAAUUUGGUUUUUGGAAUAUACAGGGAAUUCGCGAUAAAAUUAACAAUCCUGAUGUUAAAAAAUAUACAAAACAAUUAUCUGUCAUCGGGUUUACAGAGACAUGGAUAGAGGAUUUAUGUGAAGAAGAUAAGAAAGAGUUUGAUAAAGAAUAUACAAUAGUGGUCGGCAAGGCUCUGAGGUCCAGCAGAUUUGGACGCCCUUCUGGUGGUCUUCUGUUGAUGGUGAGAAAAUCAUUUGGUGUGAUUCAUUCAUAUUAUACUACUAAUUCCUUUAUUCUUCUGAUAAUAGAUGUUAAUCGGUCACUACAAAUAGCUUGGGGAGAAACACGAAUUGGACUAAUUUUGGUUUAUAUUUCUCCUUCUAUAAGAAAAAUAACAUGCUUUAAAGAAUUACAAAAUUUUAUCAACCCAUGGAUCAAUGUUAUAAAUUUUUGGAUUGUUGGUGGUGAUUUUAA